GUAUGGACAAACAUUGAUGUAAUUUUCAAAUCAGCAUAAAAAAGUUACUUUUUUCAUCAUAUGUUUACAUUAUUGAAUUCUUAAGAUGGAUUUUAUUUUAAUUUUCAAACUGGAUAGUGAGUGACCCGUUGUAAAUGAGGAAAAGGGUAUUUGAUCUGUCAUAUAUACAGGAGCUGUUUUUACAUGUGAUUAGGGUGUAGAAGAUGUCCCCCUUGGGGAAGGUAUUGGUGCUCUUGGUUUUAGUAUGUUCAACAAUAGCUACUAGAUCGUUCAGGAAGUUAAUACUGAGUGUCGAGCCAAAUCCUGCCUUAAUUCAUAUCAACGCCCCUCCCGGUACCCCAAUUCUGUCAAUCACUGGUUACGAUGCCGCUACUGGACAACGGCUAGAGCAGGUGCAGAUAACCAAUACGCCUGAUGCUAACUAUUUCACGCUCAAAGACCCGAAAACAGGAGACAACAAGUGGUACUUAUACUCAAAACAGUUCAUGAACAAACCACUAAAUUAUGUCUUCCGAUUUCGUGUUUACGGGACUCAUCAAGGAACUGUUCAAGACCAGGAAAUUAAGAUAAAAGUCAGUAAACCGAACUUAUAUCCACCGGUCUUUGAAAACCAGACGUAUGAAUUUAUCGCUUACAGGAAAUCAGCUGAUUUGGACAUUCAACUUGUUGGAACCGUGCAGGCAACUGACGCUGAUUUUGAAAUGUACAAUUCAAAAUUUGAUUAUUUUAUUUUUAAUACACAUGUCUUAGGCCUGUUUAAUGUUGAUUCUUCAGGAAAGGUUAUCAUUGUAUCAAAACAAAACUUCCCAGACGAUGCAGACUCUUACACUUUUAAUAUUGUCGCAAUUGAUGCUGGCUCGCCCCAGAAAAUGAGUAACAUCACAGUGAAUGUUAAAAUCUCAGAUAUACCACCUCCAGAUAUAUUUUGUGUAUCCGUUGAAGGAGUUAAAGCCAAAUUCUGCUGGAAAGAUCCAACACACGGACAGUUCGUUAACAACUACCAAUUACAGUUUACUGUUAACGAUAAGAACAUAACAACACGUCCCGUAGCAAUCCAUGGGAAACGUAAUGAGAUCUGUACCAGUGUUAGUGGACAACACAUGGAACGAUCAUACAGAUUCACAGUACAAAUCUUUAAUGGAACAGAUAGGAGUCCUGCAAGUGUUCAGAGAUUUGUAAACAUUUCAAAACCGGGUUUAUAUGGGGAUUGUCUAAACUUCAGUAACUGCAGUAUAUGGAAGCCAUGUAGACAUGGCAAAUGUUUGACAAAGAAAGAUAUGUCGUAUGAAUGUGAUUGUUUCCAAGGAUGGAUUGGCAGAAACUGUACAGUUAAAGAUCCAUGUCUUCCUUCUCCAUGUAUGAAUAAUGGAUUGUGUAACAGGACUGAAAAAAAUGGAUUCCAAUGCCAAUGUGCUCAUGGCUAUUUUGGGAAAUACUGCCACCAGAAGGACAGUUGUGUCGGUGACCCGUGUUUAAAUCAAGGGUCGUGUUCAUCAAAACCUGAUGGAAGUUACGAAUGUCAUUGUCGGCCUCAUUUUACGGGGCAACAUUGCGAGGUUACAGACCCCUGCAGUCCCAGUCCUUGUAAUCACACUGGUUUGUGUCAUAGAUUAACUAACACUGAAUAUGUGUGUUCUUGUUUACAAGGUUACUAUGGAGAUGAUUGCGAAAACAUAAAUAAAUGUGAAUUACACAAUCCAUGUAAAUCCGGUUGGUGUGUUCAUAUUGACCAUAACCAAUUCAACUGCACAUGUUACAAGGGCAGUUCAGGGAAAUAUUGCAAUAUAACAGACGCCUGCAUGAUAAAUACAUGCAAAAACGGUGCGACAUGUGUUCCAAUAAUUGGAAAUACUGUCAAGAAAUACGACUGCCAAUGCAGCCGUGGUUACCAUGGGGACGAAUGUCAGCAUUAUGAUCCGUGUUCGAGCAAUCCGUGUCAGUUUGGCGGAGUCUGUCGAGCUUUGUCCGACCAACUUUACCGCUGUGAAUGUAAACAAGAGAGAUAUGGCGAAAACUGUCAAUAUGUAGAUGGAUGUAAGAUUCACAAAUGUGGCGCAAACAUGGUUUGUCAGAACACAUCAUUGACUGGCGCAGUUGAUUGUUUGUGUAACUCUUCGCCCUGUAGGCAAGGUGGAACGUGCACAAUAGGCUAUAAUUCGCAACCGUAUUGCAAAUGCAAGAGCGGUUACAGUGGCACAUCGUGCGAGAGGUCUUGUUCUCGUGAUUCUUGCCUGAAUGAAGGCACAUGUGAAAUAAUUGAUGGAUCUUAUGAGUGUGUAUGUCCGGAUAAUUUCUUCGGAACUCGAUGUGAGAAUUAUGAUUUCUGUAAUGCUACUAGAAUGUGUAUUCGUGGUGCUAGAUGUCAGCUAACACAGAAAACCUACCACCACUUAAUAGUGAUCAACCAAACUAUGACGGCAAACGUGACAAAUUGGUACACGUGUUCUCACUGUCCUGUAGGUUAUACUGGUGUCCGGUGUCAGUUCAAAACAGAUCCAUGUGACCAUAACCUUUGUGGGGCUGGAGUUUGCCAGAAACAAGGGAACAAUUAUAUUUGUAUUUGCCCAGAUAAUACUAGACAAAGGAGAUGUAGUGACGAUUCCUGCCCUGAUAGUAAAUAUCAUGAUAAAAGUGGACGAUAUAUAUGGCAAGAGACUAAAGUGGGAUAUAUGGCAAAAUCAGUUUGUCCACAUGGCAGUACAACAACGAUAGAAGAAGUGUUUCGUAUGUGUCGAGUAGACUCAAGAGGACUUCCAAAAUGGGCGACACCAAACACAGCGCACUGCAAACAGUUGACUGCAUCUGAAGCUGAUAUGGCACUGAGAAAUCUUGUCGCAUACACAGGAGAUGGAGUUCAUCUGACGUCACAGGAAGUUGCGAAUGUGACCAAUCAACUUGAAGGAUUAGCAGCGUAUGCUGUAGACGAUGUUAAGAUUGCCAAAGACAUGACUAUGGUUAUCAGUAACCUUCUUGAAGCCAGAGAAUCGGUGUUGAUAGAGAGUAACCACAACAACCACUCUAGUGAAAGAUUGGUUGAAUUGCUGCACGAGUAUACAGAAGAUGUACCAAUGAACACCAACUCAAAUGCUACCAUUGAGACAAAGAACAUCAACAUUAUGGUUGUCAAUCAUUCAUUAACCGACAAUCAUAAAGACUUUCACUACCAACCAUACCUUUCGCACAACAGCUCUUUUGAACAGGGUGGAAUUAGCAUGAUUGUGCCUGCGAACGUUAUGCGGCAGACAAAAGAAUCCAACGUACGAUUACAUUUCAUAGCAUACAGAACAUCAGCCUUUUUCAUACCAGAAGCUGCUGCGCCAGAAGAAGUAGUGCUUAAACAGAGAGUAGUAACUGCAGAAAUAAGAGGGAAAACUAUAGCAAAUUUAUCAACUCCUAUUAAAUAUAGUGUUGUCAACAUGGAGAAUGGUAGAAAUCAUACAUGUGUAUAUUGGAAUGAUACAGACUGGUCUACAGAAGGAGUAUACACAGUUACAACCGGUGGAAACAAAACAGAAUGUCACACUACACAUUUGACAAGUUUUGCUAUCUUAAUGGAUCCAGUUCCAUCAUACGAACUUGAUGAAGUACAUGACAAGGCCAUGACGUACAUCUCAUAUAUCGGUUGUGCAGUAUCUAUUUUUGGAUUGGCUGUUACCAUCGUAACAUACAGCAUGUUCAGGUCCUUGAAUAGAGAAAAAUCUAGCAGAAUUCUUUUAAACAUGUGUGUCUCUAUGCUUCUAAUGAACGUAGCUUUUCUAAUGAUGGCUGAGACUACAAAGUCCGAGAGUUCUGCUCUUUGUACAACUAUAGCAAUUCUACUUCACUACUUCCUUUUAACAUCAUUGAUGUGGAUGUUGACAGAAGCUAUCAAUAUGUAUCAUGCUUUGAUAACUGUAUUCACAACAUAUUCAUCACAGUUCAUACUGAGACGUUGUGUCAUAGCGUGGGGCAUACCAUUACUUGUUGUGGCUAUUACUAUGGGUGUCAACAAAAUGGACAAUUAUAACUCAAAAACGGAUUUUUGUUUCAUAUCUCAUGCAAGCACAAUUGCAUUUUAUAUUGCCCUACUUGGACCUGCUUGUUGCAUUCUAAUCAUUAACACAGUCGUCUUUACUCUAGUAGCCAGGGUAAUUUUAAAACCAAAGUUUAGAGGUCAUCCGAAUGGAGGAAGAAGGGAAAAGGUUACACCUACUCAGGUACGCGGAGCAUUCACAGUAAUGGUUCUUCUUGGAGUUACUUGGGUUUUUGGACCAGUAGCGAUCAACGAAUCAAAAGUAGUUUUCAAUUAUAUAUUUGUGGUGUUAAACUCUUUGCAAGGAUUUCUUAUAUUUAUCUUCCGAUGUUUAAUUAAUACAGAAGUGCGUCUAUCCUGGCUUUAUCUACUGAAGACUGGAAAGUUCAAAAGAAGAAGAGGCCCAAUACCAUCAACGACGGAUUCUUCUUCGUCUUCAAAAGCUUUACAUGACUCAAGGAUAAACAAUUGUAGUACCAUUGAUAGCACUGUUGACACAAAUAGUCCUAAAAGUCCCCGAAAUUCAGUUCAAAAUGGCGAUGGACAGGGUAGUAACGGGUUCAGCGAAUAUGACAAGAACAAAAAUAAACAAAAUGGGUUAGGAGUAGACAACUUCACAAAGAUAUGAACUUCCAGUAGUACAUUUUCAAAAGAAAAGAUAGUUGUAUCUGUCUCACAAAUCAGAAACAAUGCCGUGUGUGAAUUGUAACCGGUUGAAAAUGUAGUAUGAAAAAUGAAGGAGACAAAAUAUAUAGUUCAGUUCUUUUUUGUAAUCACCAAUCAAAGUGAAAGUCUGAGCGUGUCAAAUGACUUAAACAUUAAAGAUAGCAAUACGUUUUGACAAUCAGUAAUGAGCUCUAACCUUAUGUUAGUAAUAAGAGUUGUUGAUUAUGAUACAGUCGGGAAAGAAUUCAUGAUAAUUUACCUAUUAAUUACAUACUAUGCCAUAUAAUAGCUUUUAUUAAGGAAAUAUAUGACAAUAAACUAAAUAGAGAUAAGUCAUAGCAAACAACUUUAUUUAGCCAGCGAUGCAGAACCCAUAUUUGAAGUCUGAGAACAAUGAAAUAUUAUGGAAAAUACAGGAGAUGCCAGAUAGACUUAGUAAUAGGAAUAUAUUUCCUAAGUCCCUGUCUUGCCAAAUUGUGAUAUCUUGUAAUAUAAAUUGUCCCUAAUUGAUAGAUAGAAAAAAACUUUUAUUUUUUCCAAUGCAUGCAUGUUUUGUUAUCAUCUGAAUAGUUUUCUUCAUGUUUUUGUCUUUUUUUACCAUUUAGAUUUAUUUAAAUACGAUUUUUUAUAAUUCAUUCAAAGAAAUGUGCAUUAUUAGAAUCCGUCAUCAAUACAUUUUUUUAUGUUUGUAGUUUCAAGUUUAGUUAUAAGAUUUUUUAGUUUACUACACAUCCAAUGUAGCUGUAGAUCAAUUGGAGUGUUUUUUCUCCUACUUGCUUUUGACACACCCGCUUUGUACUGGAGUUAAUCAAUACCAAGGAUACUGUCAAUUUUGCUAUAAUGAAUGAUAAUAAUUAUCAAUGAUACAAACAAUGCAUAAUCGAGUGCACACAAUGAUUAUAUGACUGUUAUUGCUUGCCAAUUAUGUAUGAACUAUACAUAAACAUUCAGUUAAUAUUCUUAUGAUGUUCUUUUGUAGAUACCUUCAUUUCUAUAAAUGAAGAAAGAAACACGUAUAGAAACAUUUAUCCAUUAAUAAUUUGUCUACAGUACUAAGAUUUAUACGUUUCAGUUUUUUAUGAGAUCAAGAUAAAAAAAAGUACUGUAUUUUUUAGUUUGAACUUGAGUUUGAGACAAAAAAGUUUUAUAUAAAGACAUUACAACUUCUUUGAAAAUAACUCAAAAAUAUUUUUGUCAGAUGUGUAUAUUAAAUUAUGAAUCAUUGGUUAUCAUUCAGAAAUUCUCGACGACUUAAUAUGUUUGAUAUUACAACUGAAAAACCAUUUGUAUAUUUUCAUAUUCCUACAUGCUGGAUAUUAUAUUUGAACUGUUCUCAAAUUCAUAUCAUUAUUUUUAAUUGAUGUAUAAAUAAGCAUUUUCUGAUUCAUUUAAACAUAUGAAUACUCAAAACAAUGGUUCAAUUUCUUUUAAAUAAAUUUAAAAAAUAAAAACAAAAAUCAUUAUGAAUGGAUCCUAUUCAUAUAUUUAAUAAUUGAUAUUAAUCAUUUGUUUAUAUUGAAUUUAUAGCUUAAGGUGCUGUCAGCGUAUUUUAAGUAUAAUAUAUUUUAUAUAACUACUAUUAGGAGUUGUAAUUUUAUUGUCAACGAUGGAGCAGAAACGAAGGUUGAAAUUAUGAAAGUAGAUUGUUUUCAUUUCUUGAUAACUAUCGAUUAGUUGGCUAUUAUAAUCAAGGUACUAUUUUUUUUUGAAUUUUUCAUUAAUAAUCAUACCAUGAUGUGCAAUGUGUUGUUUCCAUUUUUUAUGAGUAAAAUAUGAAAACAAACUUCCCUCAAAAGACGUGAAAUACUUUCAUUACAUCACUUGUUUAUUAUUUAAUUUAUAUAAAAAUAUAUUUAUGUUCAGUUUCCUGAAAUUGAAUCAAAGUGACAUUCAUAUCUUAUUAAAUCAAUAGGUUGUAUCUCGAUCUCACACUUUCAUAUUUAUUAUUUAUAUAACGAGACAACUACAAAUCGUGAUUUCUGUUAUGUAAUGGAAAUCUAUUUAACACAUCAACUGGUGUGAAUAAUCGUCAUAAACUAUUUAAUAAGUUCUCAUUAGCAUGUUUAUGUACACGCAUUGUGUGCAUUAACAACUUGGGUAUGUUUGAGUAUAGGCUUUUGAUCCCUUAUCUCACCCUUUCAUUUUUUUCCGCUGUGCAAAAAUGACUAGUCUGAACACAAUUACCACUCUUUCAUUUAUUUUCCUUGCUGUGCACUCGUACUGGAUCUGAUAACACAAUUACCUCCCUUAGAUUUGGGAAAUCUACAAAUAUGGUCUUUAUGUGGUCUGUGUAUUAUUUGCUUUAAUUACCAUACACCUUCCAACUUUAACUAUUCAUGAUAUGUGCAAAACUUGCGAAAGAGGGGUGAAAUUAUAAUGUUAAAUGAUAAGUACAAAGGGUUUAUUUGCAUAACUUUUGGGAAUUUCGGGUCCUCAAUGCUCUUCUUUUUUGUACUUGUUUGGCUUUAUUACUAUUUCGAUUUGAGCGUCAAUGAUGAGUCGUAUGUAGACGAAAAGCGCGUCUGUCGUAUUCAAUUUUAAUUCUGGUACCUUUGAUAACUACUUAUAUAUAUAUAUAUAUUUAGUGAGUUCUAUCAGUUUAAAAAAGCAAAGAAAUGAGUAGGCCUGAUUGUGAUAAGACUAAUUUAACAUAGCUUUGUUUAUAUUUUGAUUUAGAGGCGAUGAAGUUUUCUCUUAUUCGGAUCUAAUGUGUCCUAAAAGUAGUUAAUUAAAUGGAAAAAAAAACCAAAAAAAAAAACAAAGGGUUUUAAAAAUUAUCAAAAUGAGUAGGCCUGAUACUGUUGUCUUGAAUUGAAGACCACUUCGAAAAAAUAGAAUCGUCUAUAUUUUGAUUAAGAUAGGAUAAAGUGUUAUUAUUGUUUAAUAAAUAUGUCCCUAAUUUAUCAACUGUAAAAAAACAAAAUUUUAAAUAAACCAUAUUAAUUUGUUUUUAAAUUUGUAUUAUAUAGUUCUAUGGAAUACACAUCAAAAUAAUUGUGUUAUCGGAUCAACAAGUCAUGUUUAUUGACAUAUCUUAAAGAUAAUAAAACGAUCUAUGUGCUUUAGUAAACAAUUCAUUUUUUUCUUUUAAAUUGUAGUUCGAGUAGAGACUGAGGAUGGUCUUUCGAAGUAAAGUUUUCAUUUCUGAUAUUUCGUAAUCGUUACUGAACCAUCACUUUUGACAUGAAGUCAAAACAGUUCUAUUUUUAUAUUUACUCAUGUUGUUUUCUGAAGAAGUUGUUAAAUUUCUUUAUUUCAUUUCAUCUUUUUUUUCAAAUCCAAUUUACUAUCUAUCAUGUUAUCAUAGUUUUUUACGCAUCAUUCGUUUGUUUAGAAAGUACGUUUUUGUAUCAUCUAUAGUAAAUUUUAUUUAUGCCCAAGGUAUCAUUUGCAUUAUAAGUUUGAUAAGUGCAUUCUCAUUAGUGUCACUUGCAUUCGAUGUUAUCAUAUAAUUUAUUGUUAUAUAUACUUAAACAUGUUAAAUAUACAAUAAAAUAUCAUUGUAUAGAA